AUGGGACUCCUUGCUCUUACAAAACAACGAUUAAAAAUGAUGAGGAAGAGUGAAUUUGGAUCUUUAAUGGAAGAUGUCUCUUCUUUUUGUGAUAAACAUGAUACAAUGAUUCCAAAGAUGGAUGCUCGCUACUUUCGUAGGAAGCUGAAGCGUAAAUCUCUUGAUGUUACAUAUUCUCAUCAUUUGCGUGUCGACAUUUUUUAUGCCGUUAUUGAUUUGCAGUUUCAAGAGCUUAAUCGUUGCUUUGAUGUUGUGAGUACUGACUUACUCCUCGGUAUGGCUAGCUUAAAUCUAUUUAAUUCAUUUGGUUAUAUUGAUAAGAACAGAAUAAUGAGGUUGGCCAAAUAUUAUCUGAAUGCGUUUGAUAGAAGCAAGCUUCGAGAUCUCAGUUGUCAGCUUGAUAGUUUUAUAGUUUAUGCCUGUGGUAUUGACAAGAGGUUCUUUGGCUUAAAGGGGAUUAGUGAUCUUGCUAAAGUGUUGGUUAAGUCAGAUCUGCAUCAAACUUGGCCACUUAUUUAUUUGCUUAUCAAGUUGACUCUCAUUCUUCAUGUUGCUACAACUUCCGUGGAAUGA